AUGCAACUCUCUAUUAUCACAUUGGGCCUCAUGGCUGCAAGCGGUGCUCACGCUGCUCUUCACAAGGCUGCCGCCUGUGUCUCCAACAGGGUGUCGUCUCCCGUAGGCGGUACCCCAUUCAGCCCGAGUAACAACUGGCAGACUACUUAUGAAGUCCUCGCUGGCGCUACUCAAUGCGCUUGCAAUAUGUACAAGCAGCGAAACACUGGUAGUGAGAUAUGGGACACGUGCCCCGAUUGUACAUUUGAUGGAACAAUUUGCAACUCGGCAGCUGGCCACAUCGGUGGCGAUGAGAAAUGUGGCGCUCAGGGUGCAGAGGCAGACUAG